AUGUUGGCGCUGCCGUUUUCAAGCAGCGGAAUACGUCAGGUUAAAUGGAUUUACGAUGAUUGCGGUCUUACCAGCGUACCGGAUGGUGGAGCCGCCUGUAAUGAUCGCAAGAAGGAUGAUCUAUACCUCGUGCCUGUCAACAAUGAGUAUACACCCUCUGCAAGGAAUUUCGGUAUUCCUCAGAUCAAUUGGGGUCCACUACGUUUACAAAUUCAAAUAUAUAUUAACAUUGCCCCGCCAACGAUCUUGUCUAUGAACGUGAUUACAGCUGGUUCGCGCAUUUUCUUCUAUGACUCGACGGGACGAAUUGUGAGAGGCGUUGUCGAGAAUACAAGUCGUAUGGCGGAUGGUACUCAGAUAGUGCUCGUCAAAUCCGCAAGCGUUUUUCGUGGUUAG